AUGGAGAAAGAAACGAUUCAGACAUUCGAGCACGCCCCCGCCGUCCGGGACGCUGCACUUGAACGAGCCCUAGUGCGCAAACUGGACAUGCGGGUUCUCCCAACGGUGUUCUUGAUCUACAUCAUGAACUACAUCGACAGAAGCGCAAUCACGACUGCGAGACUCAAAGGACUCGAGGACGACCUAGGGCUCACAGACCUGGACUACUCGAUCAUACUGUCCGUAUUAUACGCGACAUACUGCCCAGCACAGAUCCCCUCAAACAUGGCGAUCAACUACGUCAAACGGCCUUCAUUGUACAUCAGUGGAUGUGUCGUCCUAUGGGGCCUGAUCAGCACCCUGACAGGCGCAACACACUCCUUCCGGGGAAUUCUCGCGUGUCGACUAUUCCUCGGUAUACCAGAGGCGGCGUUCUACCCAGGGACCAUGUACAUGUUGUCGAGCUGGUAUACGAAAAAGGAAUUGGCGUUCCGGUCUGCGAUUUUGUUUUCGGGAUUGCUCAUUUCGAAUGCGUUUGGAACGUUGAUGGCAGCGGGUAUCCUUUCUAAGAUGGAAGGUAAACAUGGUAUACGUGCUUGGAGAUGGCUGUUUUACAUCGAAGGAUCCAUCACAAUCUGCAUCGGCCUCUUAAGCAUGUGGCUGCUCCCCGACUAUCCGCGCAACACACGCUGGAUGUCGCCCCAAGAACAGCACUUGGCCCAAGCUCGAAUUGCAGAAGACGCCGGUGAAGCGGAUAAAGACAAUAAAGAGGACAGUCCGCUUCACGGACUGAAACUGGCACUCAAGGACCCGCUGGUAUACCUGUUUUCGAUUAUGGACACUGCACAGAUACUUGGACUGAGUUUUAUCAACUUUUUCCCGACGUUGACGGAAACAUUGGGGUUCUCAACUACGGUUUCGCUGUUGCUCUGCGCACCUCCUUGGGUGUUUACUGCGAUUGUGUGUUGCUUAAAUGCGUGGCAUGCAGACAGGACUGGGGAGCGGUUCUUGCACAUUUCUGGGUGGUGGUGGGUAGUGAUAACGGGGUUUAUCAUCGGGUUGUCAACGAUGCACACUGGCGCGCGGUACGUGUCACUAUUCCUGAUGGCAUGUGGCUAUAUAGGGCUCGCGAUGACGAUGGUUUGGGUAUCGAACGUCAUCGUCCGUCCACCAGCAAAAAGGGCCGCUGCAAUUGGUAUAGUAAACGGAGUCGGAAACUUGGGUAGUCUGAUGGGAUCAUACACAUGGAAGGAAGCUUGGGGACCCGAAUACCACCAAUCCAUGGCUAUUUCGCUUGCUGCACUUGUAUUCAGCACGGUGCUCUCCAUAGGCAUCAGACAGCGUCUCGUAAGGGAAAACAAGAGACUCGACAAUGAAGACACAGGAAAGAUUGAUUUUAGUCGAGUGGAAGAAGCAGCAAGGCUGGAGGGGAUAACGUUCGAGCAGGCAAUGGAGAAACGAAAAGGGUUCCGUUAUUUGUAUUAG